CCCAACGGAGCAUACUCCGGAUCUUAACAUAGUAAAAGGUUCUUCUAUGUGGAUCACAAAACAUAGACUUGAAUCGGUUCCUACUUACUAAGAUUAUUUUGCUAACAUUCCAUGGAAAAACCAUUCAUAACCAUGAUAUCUGUCUCAUUCACAAAUCACGAGAAGAUAGUAAAUCGUAUAGAGGCCAGGUGGAAUGAUCAUGCAAGAUGCAGGUAGCAUGGAUCAUAAACAGAAAAGAGAAAAAGCUAACAAGGAGGAAGAUUGUGAAGAUCUCAUCAACCAAUUGCCAGAUGGAAUCCCUGUAGCCAUUUUAUCUAAAUUGCCAAUAAAUGAUGCUGCUAGGACCAGCAUCCUCUCAAGAAAAUGGAGAUAUCUAUGGACCUUUUUUUCUGGGACCUUAGAAUUUGAUGGUUCACCAAUUAUGAAAGACAUGAAAAAAGACAUUAAGAAGGCUUCAGGAAGACAUUUGCAGAUGGCAAUGGAGAUCAUGUACGAUGCUGAAAGGCAAACAUAUACAAGUUGGAUCAAUGAAUUGUUGAGUUCACUCAAGAGUUCAACUCUACAAGGAUUGAAGUUUUGGUUUCAUGUGGGUACUGAGUGUGAUACUGAUAAGUGGGUUCACUUUGCCAUUCAAAAGAAGGUUCAAAAACUUGAGUUGUAUUUUGGGCAUUCAUUUGAAUAUGUUCUUCCGUUGCACCUGUUUAAAGUCGAAAGUUUUAAUUCCUUGCAUGUUUUGCGUCUGAAAUUCAUUACUGUGACCAAGGAGAUGCUAGAGUAUUUACUGUGUUGCUGUCCAUUACUUGAAACGUUGAGCUUGGUUAGCUCAGUAGUUCCAAAAACUAUUAAGGUUUCAGGUCCAUCCCUCAAGCUGAAAUGUCUAGAAUUGGUAAGGUGUUGGGAGCUGGUAAAACUUGAAAUUUUUGCUGAGAAUUUAGUGUCAUUCAAAUACUAUGGAUCCCAUUUGGACACAGAAUUUAAGAUCGUUCCAAGUCUUAUGGAAGCAACAUUUGGAGGAUCCUUUGUGGAGUUCAUUAAAGAAAGCUUUCUUCCACAAAUAAAAGUCCUUAAAUUGGAUAUUACACAAAACGUACCUGAAGUGAUUUACUGGCUAAGUCAACUUCCCAGAUUAAAAAGUCUCAAGCAUUUGGAGUUGAUUGCCUGUGUUGAUGAUGGCAUCACACUUUGCGCUUGUGCAUUGCUAUUGAAGGUCUCACCUUCACUAUGGAGGUUCACACUCAAGAUGCUAAAUACCAAACCCAACUUUAGAACAGAACGCAAAUUUACAAUGGAAUGUCAAUACAGUCUCAAAGAGUUGGAAUUGGUUGGGUUUUGUGGAGCAGCAUGCGAAAUUGAAUUAGUUAUGUACAUACUUGAGAAUGCAGUUGAGCUCCAGAAGAUAACUAUUGAUACAAGGUUACCAACUAAACCGAAAUUAAGACCACUAGGGGAGCACUUCAAAACUUGGGAUCAUGAGGAAAACAGAAAGCGGGCUAGGGGAUUGCAGGAGAAAAUACCACCUUGGAUUGAAUUUGUUUGUAUUUGACGUAGUAUUGGAAGCACAAGCUUCAUAAGUACAGGUAUUGAGGGAAAAAAAAUUGGUGGAUAAGCAUCAUAAAUAGAUUUGUUAUUAUCAAUCGUUAUUAAGAGAAGAACAGGUCAAGUGUUAACUGACUUCGCAAAUUUUAGCUCAAAAGAGAAGAACCACUAAAGUGUUAACUGACUACCUACAAUUUGCAAUGCCAAACUAAAAGAGGGGUUCAAUCUUAUGUUAGUACAUAUGGACUAAAUAAGUAGGAUUUUUUUUUUCUUCCCUUCUAUACUACUAGUUUAGGGUCUGUACAUAUUUUAUGACUUAUGUUACUGCUUCCAGUGUUUCUACUACUACUACUCACCAUAAUAUUAGUCAGGACAAA